AUGAGCAAUAAAUCAAAGAAACCCAUUAGAUCAAAUCCAAAAUUGUAUGUUGACGUAGAAAAAAGAUGGUAUGCUAUAAAACUUUCAAACUUAGAAGACUCUCAUCAAUCUUCCACAAACAAUAAUAACAAUAGCACAGACAAACACACAGAAGCAAAGAAAUUACUGACAGAAGAGAAUGAAAGAUAUGAAACAAAUUUUAGACAAAAAUUAUCAUCAGAUGAUCUCGCCGCUUCAUUCUGUAAAAUAUUUUGA